GCAACUUACACAAUGCUGUGGCUGGGCCUCCUUUCCCUGCCGGCCGUCUCGGCACAGGGCUUCAGCACCACCAUGCUGCGGUUCGGCUGCUCCCAGAUCACCAUCGACCGCAUCGACCCUCUCGUCGAACCCGGCAACAUCCCAUCGGCACACGUGCACCAGAUUGUCGGCGGCAACGCCUUCAACGCCUCGAUGCCCGUGACCGACAUCUCCAAGCUGGCCACGUGCACGUCCUGCACCUUCGACCAGGACCUGUCCAACUACUGGACCGCCAACGUCUACUUCCGCGCCCGCAACGGCACCUUCAAGCGCGUGCCGCAGAUGGUCAACGACCAGAUCGGCGCCGCCAACGGCGGCAUCACCGUGUACUACACGGCUCCUGGGCCGAACACCGUCACUGCAUUCAAGCCGGGCUUCCGCAUGUUCUCUGGCGACGUCAACCGCCGGCAGUCCAGCGGGUUGGGCAGCAGGAUCCAGAGCUGCUUCCGCUGCUACACGGGGCCCAACUUCGGCGGGAACGUCUACUCGCCGUGCAUGGACCCGCAACGGGAUACUGAGAGCUUCCCGAAGCAGCCGUGCCCGGGCGGCAUCCGGUCUAGCGUCAUCUUCCCGAUCUGCUGGGACGGCAAGAACCUAGACUCGCCCAACCAUAUCGACCACGUCGCGCAUCCGGUCGAUGGCCCCGCCACGUUCGCCGUGGUAAACGGGAAGUGCCCGUCGAGCCACCCUGUUAAGAUCCCGCAGGUCCAUUAUGAGAUCGUCUGGGACACCACCAAGUUCAACAACAAAGCCGAAUGGCCCGCGGAUGGGUCGCAACCGUUCGUGCUGUCAACCGGAGACCCCACCGGCUACGGCCAACACGGCGACUACGUCUUCGGCUGGAAGGACGACUCGCUGCAGCACGCCAUGGACAACCGCUGCUUCGGCCCGACCUGCAACGGCCUGACCACGCAGAACUUUGACCGCGCCAACAAGUGCACCGUCAAGCCUGUUGUGAGGGAGGAUAAUGAUGGCUGGCUCUCGGAGUUGCCUGGUGGGCACAUGAUUCACUGAUUACAC